GUCGGGGCUCGCUUAACCCCCUUCGCCUGCGAUCCAUCCGACUUCGUUGUGUGCGUUGAACUUGACUCCAACGACAACAACCGCCGACAACCAUCCAACCUUCCUUUCCACAAAGGUGACAGAGCAGGAUGUCCUCUUUCGAACCAGUGGUCGUCAUCGACGGCAAGGGGCACCUCCUUGGUCGCCUGGCCAGCACUGUCGCCAAGCAGCUGCUUAACGGCCAGAAGAUCGUCGUUGUGAGAUGUGAGGCCCUUAACAUCUCCGGCGAGUUCUUCCGCGCGAAGCUGAAGUACCACGCCUACCUCCGCAAGAUGACCCGUUUCAACCCCACUCGCGGUGGUCCCUUCCACUUCCGCGCUCCCUCCCGCAUCUUCUACAAGGCUGUCCGCGGCAUGAUUCCCCACAAGACUGCCCGCGGUGCUGCCGCCCUGGAGCGCCUGAAGGUCUUCGAGGGUGUCCCCCCUCCCUACGACAAGAAGAAGCGCGUUGUCGUUCCCCAGGCCCUCCGUAUCCUGCGUCUGCGCCCCGGCCGCAAGUACUGCACCGUUGGCCGUCUCAGCCACGAGGUUGGCUGGAAGUACCAGGACGUCGUUUCUCGUCUCGAGGAGCGCCGCAAGGUUAAGAGCAAGGCUUACUACGAGCGCAAGAAGGCCGCUCGCCGUAACCUUGCCAAGGCGGAGCAGGGUGCGAACGUUGACAGCAAGACCAAGAGCCAGCUCGCUCAGCUCGGCUACUAGAUACCUCAUAAAGAGCGGCCGGUUGUUGUGUGUGACGGAUCUGGGUUGGGAUCGCGAACGGUUUUGUUGCAGCGAACUUGAACGGCAAGCCGAGAUCGACCUUUUUCUAUUGGGCCUGGGACCCCCGUCUGUAUCGUGUUGUUUUCAUCCUCUGUGAAUACCACUGCCCUUGACUGGGUCGUGACGGACAUGGGAUCGAGAAUGAUGAUCUGGCGGGGGACUUGCUGGGUUUCUUCGGAAAUUCUCAAAAGCAGAAAAAACGGAGUCGCGGGAUGAAAGGUUGUCUAAAAUAGCUGGCUGUUGUCUCGCGCCGUGCGGUUUAAUCCAAAACAAAUUUUCAAGAGUUCACAAAGAGUUUCAACAUGAUCUUAUGACGAUGCAGGUUAUAUUUUUUUCCCUUCUACCUCGCGCGCACCUUAUUCCCGUUUUUUUUCUGUAUUUCGUUGUAGACAUUGGCUGAACCUUUACACCCGACACCAUCCUAAGUUGGCCCAUCGAUUUAGUAUCCUAUGACGCUUUCGCAGUCUUAUUACUCGAGCUUAUCUAACUGCUAUAAAUUGGGGCUCCAUCCAGCAACCCUACUUGUCUCCACACAAUCUAAAAGUGUCCAGAUCCGAAGCCCUAAUGAUGCUCACAUACCACGGUCGUGAUCGGUACUAGCUGUUCGAUUACAGGCAUCUUUUCUGGCUCAGAGAACAUCUACGUCGG